AUUUUUGAAAGAGGACACCGAGCCGCCACUACAUGCAGGUAGAGUUUUCUAUGAUCAAAAUAUGACGUGAUUUUGACUUAUUGAUCUUUAACAUUAAUAUUUUUACGGGAUUAAACAUUAACAUUUUUUUUUAAUGUUGUUGGGUAAUUUCAUUAGAGGUCAUUUGGUUUUUGUGAUAGUUUGGUUGGGAUAGUUACAAUGCAUGUAUUGUUCACAAUGUUUUUAUUUUUUAUUUUUCUGCACAAACAAUACAUGCAUUGUUUGCUUGAUGUGAUGGAAACUAUCACUCAAAAUAAGUGAUAGUACUAGCUCUACUAAAAUUUAAGAUUGUUGAGAUAGUUUUGAAGAGAUUGUUGUGUCCUUUUUUGUUCCAAGUAUACCCCUAGUUAUAUAUAUAUACCUUCUCAUAAAAGCAAGUGCAAAAGUGACAUUUCUCACAAAAAGUAAUACAACAUGUUGAAUACUAAAAGAACUAUCACCAAAAUCAAACAAUGUAAAGUACAUUACAUCAUUUUCUUUAAUUACAUGUAUAUUACAAUACAUGACCACAAUGCAUUGAUAUAAGUAUCACCAAAACCAAACAAAUUCUAAAAUGAAAAACGGUGUACAGAGUUAAACAUUUUAUUUAAACACGUCUUUGCAAGCUUCGUUUAUUGCUCCAACUGCUCAGGAGAUUAGUGUUGAAAAUUAAAGCAACAUAGACACGAUGACUUUGGUUUAUGGUCUGGCAUCCAUUUAACCUGCGACGGAAAAGUCAUUAAAGAAGAAGUAGAAAAAAUUAUCCUCUUUCUAUAGCAAGUUAAAUUCUUCAGAUAUCAACCUAGAGUGCUCCAACUUUAGAGUGAGAUUUGUGGCAAUGUGGAAUUAUUGUCAUGGCUUUGAACGACCCAACAAAUAAUCAAUUUUAUAAUUUAUUUCAUCAUAUAGUUAACAAAAAUAUAAAUUUGAGUAUAUGCAUUUCAAAGUCACCAUGAUUUGGACAAAACAAUCGACCACAUUCACAAAACGAUUGAUGGGAUGGCAAAUAAGGUUGUCAUGAGUCAAAUGAGUAUAAAAAUGGGUCGAUACGAGUUAAUUUCGAUUUAACCAUCGACCCAUAAGGCCAUAACCCAAUUGCUUGACCAGAUCGAAGAUCCAAAUCCAGAUUAACAACCUAACUGUUAAGCAGCCCAAUUGGAUUGGGCCCUUGAGACCGAAAACCCCAUUUUAUUUCAAGAUUAAAAUAUCUGGAUCAGCCACAACUCACACAUCACUCCUUGGGCCCUCCACUCCUCAAGCCCACCAUGUUUUAUCCGGCCCUGUUUCCAGCGAGAUAUCUGCGCUGCAAAAGUAAACUUCAAGCGCAGCCGUUUCAUUAUCUCUCUCUCUCUCCCUCCUCUCGAACCUGCCAUACGUUUUUAUUCCUUUUUCCCCCAACCUCGCCAAAUCAUUCGUUCAGAAAAAGCUUACAAAAGAGACAGAGUCUCCAUUUCCCCAGGCCAAUUUCCGCUUCUGUGCGAGAAAGCAAGAGCCCGAUCGGAGACCCGCAAACCCGAACCGGAAGAAAGAAACAUGGGCAAGGAUCUCAGCGACGACCAGGUCCACUCGAUGAAGGAGGCCUUCGUCCUCUUCGACACCGACGGCGACGGCAAAAUCGCCCCCUCUGAGCUCGGGAUCCUGAUGCGCUCUCUGGGCGGGAACCCAACCCAGGCCCAGCUCAAGGCCAUCGUCGCGGAGGAGAAGCUAACCGCUCCUUUCGAUUUCCCGAGGUUCCUCGACAUCAUGGGGAAGCACAUGAAGACCGAGCCCUUCGAUCGACAGCUCCGCGACGCCUUCAAGGUGCUCGACAAGGAUUCCACUGGGUUCGUCUCCGUUCAGGAUCUGCGUCACAUCUUGACCAGCAUUGGGGAGAAGCUGGAGCCGGCGGAGUUCGACGAGUGGAUCCGGGAGGUGGACGUCGGGUCGGAUGGGAAGAUCAAGUACGAGGAUUUCAUUGCGAGGAUGGUUGCGAAGUGAAGAAACGAAAGACCCUUCGCUGUAAUGGAUUGCGGUAAAGGGAAUUGGGUUCUUUGUCUUGUUUGUUUGUCGAUUCUGCUUUUCUGAAGUAAUCUGGCUUAAGAUUUCGCUUCCUUUUUGUUUGUGAUUUGGAGAGGAGAAAUUAGGGUUUGCUUGUUUGUUUGGGCAUUUCGAUGUGGUGGAUGACUGACAGUAUGUGUUGAAUUUGAAUUUGAUGAAGGAAUGCUGCACCUCUCUGUUGAGCAUUUUGGGGUUUUCUUUGGUUUUUGCGUUUUGAUACUAUGUUCCCUUAAUGGGUAGUCUACAUCUGGUAUUUCAAAUGGGAAUCCAAUUGUAUUAACGCCUUUGCUAAAUCUCUGGCUCUUUUAUUAAGAUCUGGAAAUCCUUUACCCAGUGGGGUUUGUCUAUUCAUAUUUCUUGUACAAUUUCCCUCUUAUGGAAGUUACUUGGUUGCAUGCGAAGGACUUCUUGUUCUUAGCUCCAUGUGUGCGGCUGCACAUAGUCAAGUAUUCUUGCCACGGUUUUGAUAUGCAAAGUGGUGUGCAUUCAAUGAUAACUGGCCAGCUUGUUGUUUGGUGGAGAGAAUGAUGAACUAGUUUUGUACACUGGUGUAGUAACUUUCAAAGCAUGACAAUUAUACAGGGGUGCAUCUGGUCCACUGGAGUUAAGGUUGUCCUUGAGAAUAUUUGUUUGUGUAAUGUGUCCUUUCUGUUCCCAAGUUUGUGAAGCAGUUACCGGACUGCUAAUUGACAUCUUGUAGUUACUGUAAGAUAGACUCUGACUGAACCAUAGAGCGCCUGGUUACUCUGCUUGUGUUAUGUAUCAGUAGCCAUGUUGCAAAGUUGGUAUGGAUGAGGGAUUACUAGGGUGUCAAUGUUAUCCAGUGUGCUGCAGUCGAAGAACUGGUAAUCAAAUGCCAGGAUGAAACUUGUGCAAGUUUGUGCAUGUAAAUAUCUGGUGAAGUGCUGAUGGCUUUUAAUCAGCUAUCAUCGCUCUUAUGGGGUGUUGGCCUGUUCUGAGUUCUGACCUACUGGUUGAUUCUGUAUCAUGUUUGUGAUGAUUGUCAGCUCAGCAUUUGUGAGUUAUUCAUUUAAUUAGCUGCGGGAUUGGUUCCAGUCAGCAAUCAUUCUCUAGGGUAAUGUCAGUCAUGUCUGGUGUUUGCUGCAGCUGGGCUGUUUUCAACUUUUGUUGAUUCUGCAUUCUCUUAUGUAGAGCAUUCAAGCUUCAUAUCAUGCUUUGUAAACUUGUGAGUUGUUAGAUUCUAAUGCACGGCUUGCCAAAGACGGUAAGAGCAAAUCACUUUUGUUAUGGUAGAGACUAGAGAGCUUAAUGCUCGAAAGUUAUGAAUGUGUAGGCAUAACGACGGACCAUUACUCUGCCUCUGAGGUUACUUCUGGCCUGGGUUUAUUAAGCCUAUUUUGGUUGCUUCUCCAUUCUCCUUGUCUAGAGCAUUUAAGUUGAAUAAAAUGUUUCCUCACUG